CCCAGCCUGACCCAGCCCCAGCUGCCGGCCAUGGAGACUCGAGUGCGGUGGUCCUUGCAACUUCUCCCGCUGCUGCUGAUGCUCUGCGGUGGAUGUCCCCACGCCAGUGGCUGCAAUGAGACGGGCAUGCUGGAGAGGCUGCCCCGCUGCGGGAAGGCCUUUGCCAACAUGAUGCGCAAGGUGGACGUCUGGAAGUGGUGCAACCUGUCCGAGUUCAUCGUGUACUACGAGAGUUUCACCAACUGCACUGAGGUAGAGACCAACAUUGUGGGCUGCUACUGGCCCAACCCCCUGGCCCAGAGCUUCAUCACCGGCAUCCACAGGCAGUUCUUCUCCAACUGCACUGUGAACAGGGUCCACUGGGAGGACCCCCCCGAUGAGAUUCUCAUCCCGCUGAUUGCUGUGCCUGUCUUGCUGACUGUCGCCAUGGCAGGCCUGGUGGUGUGGCGCAGCAAACGCACUGACACGCUGCUGUGAGGACCCUGGCAAGAUGCAGAGGGCUGCUCCUGGCACACGGACCCUGCUGCUGUCUGGCCAUUGUGGCCAUCACCCACCCAGGCAUGGGCAGACCCUUCCCUGCCCAGGCUGACCUGGUCCCUGGUGGCUGGCCUGCCCCUAGCUGGGACUCCACCCAAGAUCUUUGCUCACUCUUGGCCCAUAGAAGAAUAUGUGACAAAGCCAGAGCUUGUGUAGUGGACACAGAGAGGUCGCCCGACUGCUGCACCCUGUGUUUCCUUAGGCAGGCUGAGGCCUCUGUCCCGAGGUUUCUGGGCUGUGUCUUAGCACAGAGUCCUGCCCAGGCCCUGCCCCCAUCUCUGGCCCCUGUCUGCACCUGGGCGGAGUGGGCAGGUGGGGGCAUUUGGAAGAUGUUCUGAGUUGUGGAAGCUCUGAGCCCACCCCACAGCUGGGAAAGCUUGGAGAUGGAAGGCCAGGCCUGCAGACCUGCCUGUCUGCCCUUCAGGAUUCUGUGACUGCUGUGGGUUGUGUCCAUGAUCAGGGGCUGGAGUGGGGGUGGGUCACAGGGGGCCUGCAUGCAGGUGGGGUUUGGGUUUCUUUUCUAAUGGGGCUCCCUUGUGAGUGAGGUGCCCUCAGGAAUGGGGUCCCCUGAGCUCAUGUCCCCUGUCUGCUGCCAUCUGUGUUUUCUCUGAGUAAAGAGUCACCCUGCUUCUGGGGUUUCCAGUUUUAUUUCAUGGUCUUCAGAGAGAUGGGGACUCUGUAGCUAUUUUACAGAUGGAGAGCAACUGAGGUCCCAGAAUCCCAGAUUGUCAGCAUUCCCGGGGCUCUGAGAGUUUUAUAACAGGGCAGUGGAUUGAGUUUCAAGUCAGUGACAAGUUAAAAAAAAAGAAAGAAUACAACAGGGGAGGGGAUGGACAGGAAGAAGGACUUUCCUACCCCCUUGAAGCCUCCUUGGGUCUUCUGGACCCAUGUUUUUGAGCAUAAAGGGGAGGAAUUCUUUCUCUUUUGCUUCCUCUCUUGGGCUGCCUGGGCUUGCCUAAGAAAACCCACUAGGACCCCAACCUGGUGGGUUUUCUGGAGAGGAGGAGGAAGCCCUGGGACUAUGGAGUAGAGGACUUUACCUUCAGGCCUCUGGCCAGGCCCUUGUUCCAGUUCUACAGACCUGCAUCCAUUGGAUGUGGGCUAUUGGCUCUAAAGUCCCUUGCUGUGAGUGGAGGCGAGACAGGCUCUGGCAGUUCCUGAGCCUUUAGAGGCCCCAUUCCCCUUCAGUGCCCAGGUGCUGGCAUUGGUGGACACAAAGCCCACCCAGCAAGGCAUGAGGUCUUCCUCCCAGGGUGGGCUCCUCAUCCUCUGCCCAGCACAGCCUCCAGCCUCAGGUGGCUUCUGUAUUCCCAUGAACUCUGCAAGGUCCCAGGGGGCAGGGGCUCUGUCUGGGUGAGGGUCCUGAGAGGAUGGGGUUCCCAGAGGUCAGGGGUGAAAUUCCUGUGAGUGUGAGGGGCCCUGGGGCAGGGUUCCUUAGGCUCUAUUUCUAGCCAAGGUCGAGCGUCAGACUAAUUCAGAUAAACUCUGCUCAUCCUGGGCAUAGUUUCGAAGCAUCUUGGAUUUUCCUGCAAAUUUAAACCCAAAUCUGGCUGGAGCCAUAAGCCUCCCUCACCAGAAACAUGCGAUGGUGGGGCUGCACUGCUGUGUAUGCAGGUCCAGGACCUGGCGGGGACCCAGGUUGUCUGUCCCCAUCACCCUGAAGAAGCUGGGUGAAAGUCAGAAGCAAUAUCUUGUGACUUUCAUUCCCCAUAAUUGCCCAUGUGCCAUCUGCGAGCUAAUUCUCAUCUUGUCAGGGUUGCAGAAGUCACGUUGCCGAGAGGGGAGACCUCUAGAUCCCAGGCUCACACCCCUGCUGAGCCCUGGCAAUUACUGAUGGCACCUGGGGCAGUCCAGAGGGACAAUGAGCAGCGUGGGGAACAAGCAGCUGCAUUAUGAACUCGAGGACUCUGACCUCCAUUUGAGAGCGGCUGUGCAGAAUUGUGAAGGAAACUGUCUGCCCUAGUCCAGCCUGUCUCCGAGGGCCUGGGCACAGUAUGCUCUGAACAGGCUUCAAGCCCAUGCUGAGGCUCCAACCAAGGAUGUGGUUACUGACCCUCACACAGAGUGUUUAUGACAUCUCUGCUUAUCACAGGAAGGCAUUUAUUGAUUAAAUAGAAUUAAAAUUUUUCACUUGAUGGGAUUUUAUGCAGUUUUAUGACCCCACUGGGUUAGAAGGACUUUAAGAGAGCCUAGGAUUUCUGCUGAUACAAAGAAGUGAAGAAGUAGAAUAAAAAACAAGAUAGAGGAUCCACGUCUGAAAUGAUGUGAAAUUUUGUGGACCAAACAACUAUAACAAGUGCAAAUCAUAAACAAAAGAAAACAUUAAAAGUCUCUGGAAAUUAGGGGAGGUGCCUGUGACUCAAAGGAGUAGGGCGCUGGCCAUAUACUGGAUGUGGUGGGUUCACACCCGGCCCUGGCCAAAAACCGCAAAAAAAAAAAAAAAAAAAAAAAAAAUAAAAAAGUCUCUGGAAAUUGUCUUAAGGCCACACAGCAAAUAAAGAAAUGUGCCAAGUCUGGAUAAGAACAGAGAGUGUUUGUAGUCUGUAGAGUCCAAGAGACAGGGUUCCCUCUCGCCACCUCCAAUCAGGGCAUCUCGACAUGGUGUCCUCUGAGGGAGCCAGCUGCCAGCACUACUCACCCAGGACCCCAGCUCUGUGGUGCAGAGGCUGAACUCCAGGCAGGAGCGAGGUG